AUGCCGUACACACCGUCUGGCUUUUUCUGUGACCGGCUGAUCCGGGAGCGAGAGAGGAGAGAUGGGGAAGGGUCUCUGAGUAAGCCUGUCCGCUUCAACACCCAGGACUUCAGCGUUCUGAGACAGGAGUGCCUUCAGAGUAAGAGUUUGUUCGAGGAUGAGUCUUUCCCCGCCACUGUGGAGUCUUUGGGCUUCAAGGAGCUCGGACACAAGUCCAACAAGGUCAAGAACAUCGUCUGGAAGAGGCCCAAGGUAGGAGGGGGAACGCUGGUGGCAAGGUUUGAUAGAGAGGGGAUGGAGCACACAUGAUGUGGGAGGUUGGACUGUGUUUUUUGAACAGCAAACCUGCAUGGAAAUCUAACUCCUGCUGUGGGAUUUUACCUGAGGAUGCAGAUGGGAUUAAGUACUGCCUAACAGUUCUUCACAGAUGGAUUGGAGUUACCGAAUGCCGUCGUUGGGCUGGUGAUUCCUGUUUUCUGGUUUAAUGGCUGCAAAAAUAAUGGAUAAUCAGUUAAAAAUUUCUUAAGGAACAACAAAUCACAAGCUUCAAAAAAUCACAAGACAAACAGCUGAUUAAAGUCCUUUUUGUUGUGAAGUUAACCCUUGUUGUUUACCACUGUCUACAGGAAAUCUCUGAGAACCCUCAGUUCAUUGUUGGAGGCGCAAGUAGGACAGACAUCUGCCAGGGAGAUCUGGGUAAAUCCUGCUUUAUUUGACACUUUUACUAUGAUGGAGUGUGUUUACAUGAUCACUGGACGCCCAGUUUUGAUCUGAGCUGGAUCUGAUGUCAACACCGAACGUGACAAAUCCACGUUUUCUGUCCUCUGUGUGUGUCAGGAGUCGUGUCCUGAUUUCCCACUAGAUGUUUGCUCAGAAGUUUGGCUCGAUUGUUUUUCUUUGUUCAGUAGUAUUUUGGUAUUUAUUUAUCACAGUCCUACAGGUGGAAUAUCUAGGUUUUUCCAAACCACAAUAAAAAAAGUUGUAAUUAAUGUACUGUAAAUGAAAAACAACACAAAGGGAGACAUCAGAGUAGUCAGCCUUUUGCUCUAAAACAAUGAACAUGGCUCCUAUGAGUUUGUUUCCAUUUCUUAAUGUUUUAUCUAUGUGAAGAACUUACAGGAUUUUGUCUGUUGUAAAAGCUCUGAGCGUAAAAAAGACAUGUCUACAAAACAGUUAACUUUGGACUUCUCGGCUGCUGCUCUUUUGUUAAACGAAACACCAUGUUGGCGAUAUCAUACAUGACAAAGCAGACUCACGGUACUCACUUUUAACUAAAUUGAGAUUCGAAGAGAAAGAAACUAGGGGAGCCCAAUAAUGGCGUCCACUCAGCUUGUACUCGUCUUCCCAGUUCCUAGCUGACCAAAAAAGGCGCCAUUUAGUGACGUCCUGACAACAUUAACGUUGUUCAAGGAACAGUACGAUCGUUACACUGUUUAAAAACCUGUAUAAAUACGCUUUAUUUAAAGUAUAACAUUAAACUCAAACAAAAUAAACACAACAUCCUCAUUUUGUACAUUUGUACCCCUAACAAACCGAACAUUUGUGCUCCCUAACCGCUCUUAUCGCUGUAAAAUUUCGUACGAUGUACCGGAAGUGGUUACCGACUUUUAUUCAACUUCAAAAUAAAAGCAUGAUAAGUUAUCGUUUUCCAAGGCAGAUGGCAGAGGUUGGUAACAUGUAAGCUAAUUGGAAUUAUUUGUAAGGUAAACAGCUCUAAUCAACCCUAAAAGUUCCUCUCAGCUAACAUUUUUUGUUUGUUUGUUUUGUCUCACAAAUGAUAAAUCUCGGUACAGUACAUUGGUUAGUAGCAGAGCAGGCAGAUGUCUUUUUAAGCAGUUAGGGAGCCCUCACAGAUGGAUUUUAUUGCAUAUUUUAUGUGUAAUAUUUAAAAAAGAUUGUUAACUAUUUACUGGAACAAUUUCAUUUUUCACAACCCUUUAGUCUGCCUCCGUUUAUAAAUCUACCAUCUGAAAUCUGAACCAUGCAGAUGGUAUUUUGAGUCUUAUCUGACUACUUAAGUGAAUUUCUUCAUACUGUUAUAAGAAUAUAUUCAGUUUUCUGUUAUUUUGAUGUUUACAUGACUACAAUACAUCAGUAACAAUCAAAACCAGGAUAAUAACACUCACAUGUACACACUUUUGGUCUCUAAUGGAUUUGAUACCCCUUUAAUUUGUCAUAAACAUGUGUCAGGAGUAUAUUUUGGACAAAAAACCACAUGUUUAUGUUGUGACAGAAGUAGGAAAUCCUAAACUGUCCUGUUAUUAUCGAUGAAACUCUCAAACUUAAGCAGAGACACAACAGGCAGAUCCACACACAUUGUAAGACGACAGUGUAAGGUGUGUGUACAUGCUAUAUGGAGCCCAACCUGGUUGAUAACAGGGGAGCAAACACCCCGCCGAUCCCCCACACACGGCCUCUCUCUGCCUGCAGCGGCCUCUCCAUAUUGUGCUUACUCUUUUGGAAGGGAAUCCAGCCAGCAGCACUUCUCAUUGUUGUUUUGUUCAGUUUGCGAAUAAAAGGGUGCAAAGGGGACAAAGGUCCUGGCAGACACGGUUAAAUGUUGCCUGUUGGAAAAAAUGAACAUUGUUUGCAGCUAACACACAGUGACACACACACCUGGAUGGUCUGGAAACAGGAAUGUCAGCACUCAGCCGGACCGUCUUCUCAUGUAAAAACACGAGACUUCUCAUGAGUUCCUGUCAGUCUGAGUUUUUGUUGUGAGUGAAAUCAAAUCUAUCUAGGGUCAGUUUCAUCAUCUUGGCAGCUGUUUUGAAGUCGUACCAAGGACAGUGACAGCUUUUGUCAACUUUUGAGCCUUUAUUUGAGAAGAUGAGUUGGUGGACAGGCUGUUUUAGGGUUGUAUGAGACCACUGAGUGACACAUCUUUAUGCAUUUUGAGCAGCAUUGGUUCACAUUUAAAGUGCAAAAGUGGAUUAAAUCCAACUGCACUGUCACUAUUUGUCAUUCAAAUGUCUCUGCAACAUUUAAAAACACUGAAAUUUGACUCUUUUUCAUUGUUCAGGUGACUGCUGGUUGCUGGCCGCCAUCGCCUGCCUCACCCUGAAUGAGAAGCUUCUGUAUCGAGUCGUUCCUCAGGAGCAAAGCUUCUCAGACGACUAUGCGGGAAUCUUCCACUUCCAGGUAAAUAAGAAGAACUUGGUUUCACCUUAUGUCGUCCAAAACAGCCUCCAAAGCAACAUAAGAAAUCAGCUUUAUUGGCUAUUUUAGAUAAAGAUAGAAAUGAAGAGUCAAAGUUGUCUUAUUAUGUUUUUACCACAUGUCCAAACGGAUUCUCAUUGUUGUUUCUGUCUCCAUCUGUCCUCCAGUUCUGGCGCUAUGGCGACUGGGUGGAUGUUGUCAUUGACGACCGCAUCCCAACUUUCAACAACCAGCUGGUGUUCACCAAGUCGGCUGAGAGGAACGAGUUCUGGAGCGCCCUGCUGGAGAAAGCCUACGCCAAGUGAGUGUUUCAGUCUUUGGUUGUAUCUUUUAGCGGCAGACAAGAAGCAGUUUUCUGAUUUAAAGGAGUAGUUCACAUUUUUUUGGGUCAAUAGCUCCUGUGUUAUUCAGGAGGGAUCCAGGUCAGUUUAGCCUGUUGUAGUCCAUGAACUGCUGCAGACGAGUCCAGUACUAAUAUAAAGAAAGUCUGACAGAAGUAUUAACAGCUCCAUAAAAACCUGGAAAAUAACUGUAUAUAUUCGCUCUCUUGUCCAGGUUGCACGGCUCCUAUGAGGCGCUUAAAGGUGGAAACACCACCGAGGCCAUGGAGGAUUUCACUGGAGGAGUCACUGAGUUCUACGAGAUGAAGGAAGCUCCAAAAGAGCUCUACAAGAUCAUGAAGAAAGCUCUGGAGAGAGGCUCCCUCAUGGGCUGCUCCAUCGACGUGAGUCUGUGAUUCACCUGUUUGUUGUACGCUCAGCUUUUCCUCUAAAUAUCAGCACAACUUGUGUUCUUGUUUCGUGUUUGCAGUCUCUGGUUCCUGCUCGCUUUGAGACUCGUACGGCGACGGGACUGGUGAAGGGUCACGCCUACUCAGUGACGGCGGUGGAGGAGGUGAAUCUGCUCACUGUGUGGGAUUAUUUUAGCUCUGUGAUCCUGCAGAGCCGUGUUUUCUUCUUCAUCUCUUCUGUACUUCUUGUGUCUUUAAAUAAAAUGUAAAAAUCUCUGAAUUUUGUUUCCCUCCAGUGUAAACCGUCUCAGCACAAGGAAUCCAAAGUCCGUCUGGUGCGUCUGAGGAACCCGUGGGGUCAGGUGGAGUGGAACGGCCCCUGGAGUGACAAGUCAGGCGUUUUAGACCAACUUUAAACCUUUUAUUUUUAUCUCUAAAUCCAAGUUAGACACCAUUCAGCUCACUUUUUGUUUAAACUUUUCUGUCAAACUUCAGCUCCAAGGAGUGGGCCACACUCUCCAAAUCUGAGAAGGAGAAGCUGCAGCAUCAGAGCGCCGAGGACGGAGAGUUCUGGUGGGUCAUGUGUUUUUAAAGUGUCAAAAAAGUGACUAUUUUGAGUGAUCUACUAUCGAGUGCAUCUGGACUUCUCAGUUCAGUUUGAUAUUUGACUGGAAAUCAGACAAAAAACUAUCAACCUAGUGACCUUCUGGUCUCUGCAGGAUGUCAUUCGAGGACUUUAAAAAGAACUACACAAAGAUCGAGAUCUGCAACCUCACCCCCGACGCCCUGGAGGACGAUAAGAUUCAUAAGUGGACGGUUUCUGUGAACGAGGGUCGCUGGGUGAGGGGCUGCUCCGCCGGGGGCUGCAGGAAUUACCCAGGUACACCUGACACCUGAAACAACCUGGGAGCUUUCCUGCAGAGAACUGUAACUUGGUUUUAUGAUGCAUAAGUAUAAAGAGGAUUCAAGUAUUUAUAUGACCCGUCUCCACUCUUAGAAUCAGGAUCCAUUAGAUCGGUUUAUCAUGUUCAGAUCUGCUUGUUUUCAUUGGUUUCCAUCACAGAUCUAGAUCAUAAAGACACAUUUACGUUGUGACACUUCCCUUUUGUCCUGCAGACACCUUCUGGACCAACCCUCAGUACCGCCUCCGUCUGCUGGAGGAGGAUGAUGAUCCCGAGGACAAUGAGGUGGGCUGCACCUUCGUGGUCGCUCUGAUGCAGAAGAACAGAAGGAAAGAGCGCAAGAUGGGAGCCAACCUCUUCACCAUCGGAUUCGCCAUCUAUGAGGUGAGACAUUUAUGUAAUUACUGUUGAUGAAAGGAUCUGAAGAGAUUAUUUUAUACCGUUGAGAAAUUUGAGUUGCACUUGUUCCUCGUUCAGUCCUGCAUCAAAGGACUGAAUCAAAUUGGUCUUUAAAUUAUUCAGGGUUCCUACACCAUUUGAAUUUCCGUACUUUCCCAUAUUCUAUUUUAGAAAACAAUAUGUUAGAACAAUACUUUAUUUUUCAUUUACCAUACUUUUUAAGACCUGGAAAUUGAUCAAAUUACUUCCAUACUUUUGAUACUUGCGUAGGAACCCUAAUUGUUAGAAACAGUAAAAAACUUGUAUCUUGGGCUCUCAAAUCCACGAACACGCCUUUAGAUAAAGAUUUUUAUCAUCUAAGAUUAAAAUACAUUAACCAUAAUUUGAUAUAAGACUUUAAAAACUUUAAAUUCCAAGUACCACAGACAAAAGUUUCUGCUUUUUUUUUGCUCUAAAGUUUCGUAGUUGGCAUUAUUCUUCGUCUGUCCUACCAUCUCCUCAGAUCUAACCAUGUUAUAAUUAACCACAUAAGUUCUACUUUUGAUGCUUAUAUAUUAUUAUUAUAAUCUGCAGCAGCAGCAGGUUUGAGACCCAAAGAGAGAUGUUCUUCUGUUUUUAAUUUGCAGCUUUAUGUUAAAUAAAGUCUAAUGCAGCCUCCGUUUGUCUCUCUGCAGGUGCCAAAGGAGGUAAGAAAACAUCAAAUUCUCCCCGAGUCGACUCCUUUAGAUCUAAAUUUUUCUUUAUUUCUUUAAUUUGAUCAUCUUUGCCUUUUUUCCCCACAGUUGUUCUGAUACACAUGUCCUACUUUCCCCUUCCAGAUGCAUGGAAACAAGCAGCACAUGCAGAAGGACUUUUUCCUCUUCAACUCCUCCAAAGCUCGCUGUAAGUCCUACAUCAACCUGCGCGAGGUGACCCAGCGCUUCCGCCUGACGCCCGGGGAGUACGUCAUCAUCCCCUCCACGUACGAGCCGCACCAGGAGGGCGAGUUCAUCCUGCGAGUCUUCUCUGAAAAGAGGAACACCUCAGAGUGAGUGGGUGAGGGCGGUCGGGGGGCCUGCAGGGGGCAGCCAUGUGGUUUCACUCAGGUUUUUGUAGAUGCUGUUUUGAGUCCAUGAUGUAGAUCUAAUAUCUCUUUGUGGGGUUUGGGGUAUCAUGUGCAUCUUUUCGGUGUGGGUCUGUGUGUGUUUGUGGAUGAGGGUGGGCUUGUUUUGUCGGGUUGUUUGGUGGGUGGGACAAAAACCAACAAGAACAAACAAUUUUAACGGCGAUUUGAUUUGUAGAAUUGGAAGAAAUCGGCCCCAGUUCGAAGCUGUUAUGGAAUCUUUUUUAGGACAAGCGACUUCAGAUUUGGGCAUGCACCGGUAAACUUUCAAAAUAUUCAAUACUGCAUGUUCAAGCCUCCUCCUACACCCACCCCCAGCUGCUGCCCUGGAGGACCAGACAGCAUUGAUGGACCGGGACCUGGCAGUGAAUCAGGCUGUGGGAUGGAUGUGACCACAAAGAUGGCCAAAACUAGCUCUAAGUUUUACUGAUUUUAUACCUAAAGGUUGUUGAAUAGCACAUAAAAACACGUUAAUUAACCUCAGCUUGAAUUUAAACUCAAGAAGAAGAAACUUCCCUCAACCAAGAACGCCCAAAAUAAGACAAACGAGGAGAGAAAGCUCAAACAGGUGGUACUAAACUAACCAGUUUUCCUCACAGCUUCAUCAGGGAUCACUCUAUCUUUAAAGCUGAUGUGAGUACAGGACUGUCACUGUAUAUAAAGAUGGAUGACACAUGCCCACCUGUUUCUAUUGCACAAAAGUGAAGCCAAAAUACUCCUGAGGAUGGGUGCUGACAGUUUCUGAACAUUAGAGAUCAUCUGAAAAUACAAAAGGUCUACUCAUAAAAUCACAUAGAUUGACAAAUGUGAGUCAGUCUGUAGUUUAACGGAUUCUUGUUUCGGUUUGAGGCGUGCUCUCAUGGUUAUGAGGACUCUUGGAUAACACAUUAACAGGAUUCCAAGACCUCAUUUUUCGUGAGCGUGGUCUAGACCUGCUCUUUUUUUCUUGGGGUAACGACUAUUGUGAUUUGGCGCUAUAUAAAUAACACUUGAUCGAUCGAUGGAUUUACAAAUCAUCAAAUAACCUUUGCAGAUCCUCUUUUAAUACUUUUAUUUUUGUCACCAUAAAUUGGCCGUGUUUUAAUAAUAAUGAAUAAAAUCCCAGUAUAGUGUGUAAGAAUGGAGGAAUAAAAUGAUUAAUCAAUAAUAUAAAACAGCUUGCAUUAAAUUUUUUCUUUUUUUGGACAAACAACCAAGUAAUCUGUUCAUCACAAGUGCAAAAAGUAUAAAUGACUGAAUAAAGAUGGCGGCAGAUUUAAUACCUGUGCGACCUGUAUUCUGGAUUUUAACUGUAAAAAAAAUUAGACCCCUCCAAACUGUGAAGACUUUGACGUAAAUCAUCAUAACAAGAACAAACUAAUUUAGAUAUUUUUAGAAUAUUUUGGGAUAUUUUAGAAUUUUAAUCCCAUAGUCGGACCCAUCUGUUAACAUGGAGGAAAUGUUUUGGCUUCAGUUUUGGGGAGCUGUCAUCCUGUUUGUCUUUAUAUACAGUCAUGUUUUGUUGUUUUGUUAAUCCGUAUAAAAUAAUAAUAAUAAUGUUUUUAAAUGAGUUACAGGAUCUGAUAUUCUGUGUGAUGAGGUUUACUGACUGUUGUAAAGAGAGAUAGAAGUGCAGAUGUGGUCCAGGUGGGAUGUUGUUGUCACCAUGGUGACUGCUGUUUGUUGGUCUUCACUCAGGGAGAUAGAGAACAGGAUCGAGGCCGAUCAUCCAGUGGUAAGUGUCAGUCUUGUUAUUAUUAAGCCGGACCUUCAAGAUAUUUACAACAAACUGUAGACUUGACUAAAACAUCACAACACGACUGUUACAUCUGAGUUUAACUCGAUUAUUUUCUCUCAGCCGGCACCGGCCUCGGCGGGGGAGGAGAGCGAGGAGGACCAGCAGUUCAGGACGAUUUUUCAAGAGAUAGCCGGUGAAGUGAGUACAAGACAGAAGAGUUAGAGUCACAGUUAAGAAGUACAGAUUUAGUUUAGAUUCUUGGGUUUCUACUUUUUAGUGUUUAAGUUCAUUUUUAUUUCUUCUUUUAGGAAAUGGAAAUCACAGCCAAUGAACUGAAAAAUGUUCUCAACAGAGUGAUCACCAAACGUGAGUUUAAAUCUAUCACUUUAACUCUAUUCCUGUCCUGUUCUCAUUGAGUCAAACCAAAGUUUACACAUUACUAAUGUCGCUGCAUGUUUACAAACGUGAAGUCUUGGAGGUUGAUUCUGACCCCUGCGUCUCUGCAGAUAAGGACCUGAACACAGAGGGCUUCAGCCUGGAGAGCUGCAGGAGCAUGAUUGCUCUGAUGGACGUAUCCUUUGUAUCGAGUGCAUCGGGCUGGCUGUGUUGUCUGUAGGAGGCACAACCUGCUGAGACCCAUGGUGGGGUCUGUGAUGGAUGCUCACAGGGCCGCGGCCUCAUUUCACCACAGUUCACUCCAGUAUCUGGUUUCCUCAGGAUGAGUUUGACCUCAGAGGAAGACGACUUCUUGUGAUAUUGACUUGUCUGAGUCAGCUUUUAUUUUGAAAUCUUAAUGAUUAGAGGAUUUGUUCUUAACUGUUUGGGUUCAGAUGGACGGGACAGGUAGACUCAAUCUUCAGGAGUUCAGACAUCUGUGGAAUAAAAUCAAACAGUGGCAGGUCUGUCUUCUUCUCUCAGCGUUCAGUCCCGAUCCAAAAUAGAUAAAAUUUGAUGUAAAACAUAAAUAAACAGAGAAUUUAAAGAUUUGAAAGUCAGUCAAACCUCAGAUUUAGUUUGUAUACUCUUUUCUUCGCUGCAUCGAACUCACGCCGUCUCUCUUUCAGGGAAUCUUUAUGCACUAUAACACCGACCAAUCCGGUACCAUCAACAGUUACGAGAUGAGGAACGCGGUCAACGAUGCAGGUGAUAACUUUGACAUAAGAUGUGAUUGUUUCUGUCAGUUCACCCAGUUUACAAAAACACACACAGGUCUUUAAAUGCUGAUAUUUCUGGAGUUUUAAAAGUUGAUGGAGGUAAACGGACAAAAUGCCAAAGAAACAAUACAAACUUUAUUGUUUUUGAAACUUCAGCGAAUCAAAAACUAUCUGGACCAGUCUGUGUCAACAUGAGGUUUUUGUAAAUUUGGUGAACUGAUCCUUUAAAAGUUACUCUUUUAUAAUGCUCAUAUAUUGAACAUUAAGUGUGAUAUAUAUCAUACCUGUAUAUUCCUAAACUCUGAUGUUUGUAGAUUUGCAGAAAUGUUUUUUUUUUUUUAAGUGUGUGCUGCUGAUGAACUGACGGCUUGAACUCAUCCUCUAAAUGUUCUUGUCACUGUACAGUCAUGUGUCUUGUGUCCCGCUCAGGCUUCCGUCUCAACAACCAGCUGUACGACAUCAUCACCAUGCGCUACGCUAACGAGAGCAUGAACAUUGACUUUGACAGUUUCAUCAGCUGUCUGGUUCGGCUUGAAGCCAUGUUCAGUAAGUCAGUGCCUCACACACACCGUCACUAAAGUAGGAUUUGAACUGGGCUGUGUUAGAUAUUGAUAUUUUAACUGUGCGACAGGGUACCAAUCCUAUCCUGAUAGAUUCUUAUAACUUCCUGGUAUGAUAAUCAACAGCUAUAGAGAUUUAUGGUCUUAUCAAGAAUAGACAUGUUAUACACAGACGCCUCAUAGACUGACAGUGCCUAUUGGAGGUCACGUAUCAGUGCGGCCGCCACUCAAAUUUGGAUUUUUUUAGUUCAGGUUAGUGUACUAAAGGGUUAAAAAUGAAGCCUUUUGGAAAUUAAUUCAACUUGGUACCUGACAUAUUCUGAAAAUACCCCCUUCAAGGAUUAAAAAAAAACAGGUGGCAUAAGAAAAGCCGGGCGGUCCUCGCAAGAACAGCACCCUCUGGUGACAGGCUGCAGUAUAGGUCAUAAAUCCCGCCUCCUCCAGCAAUCCCUAUGGAGCUGUGGACAAAAUUUAGAAAUUAUUUACACAGAACAUAAUUUUUUUUCCCCCCUUGUCGCGAUGUUGACAUGUAGUUACAGUAAGACUGUUUGUGCUCUAGUCCUCUUUUUUCUGUACAGCUCCAUUUUUAAAAGUUAUUAGGGGCUUCAAGUCCGUAUACUGGUGGAAGGCGAGACCAAGUUGUCCAUAGUAUAUACAGUCUAUGGCUCAGCUGUUGUACGAGCCAAGAGUGAGGAGACCCAUCCAAUAUGGUGCAACACUGGAUGACGCUUCAGCACGUAAUGAGGCAUCUAUGUAUCUUAUGUCUAUGUUAUCAAGUAUUUGGACGAAAAAUUAUGAUAAUCAUUUAGCGACAUUUUUAUUCCCCGUUAACCUCCUGGUACUGAUUUACAAAGAUUUAAGGACUUACCAAAGAUUUCAUGGACAUCAAAGUGUUUCCUAGAUAUUUUGAUUGUCAAUUUUUUUUUUUUUUUUUAUUUUAUGCAACAAAGAGAAAAUAAAGUUUUUAUUCCCAGUUUUUUUAGAAACAUUUUUGAGAUUACAGAGAAUUCAAAAAUUUCACCUCAGAGUAAAUCAGGGGAAAAUGUUUCUCUUUUUGUGGCACUUGAUAAACUUACUUUAUGAUGGUUUACAUGAGUUUAAACUAAAAAAACAAAACAAAGGAUAAUCCUGAAAAGUGUCGGACCUUGAAUCAUCAGUGCCACUUUAUCAGUUUAAACUCUACAUUUCAAAUGCACAGGGCUUAAAUUAGCAAUAAAAACAGACAUUUCAAUCUCUGUCACUAAAUCAAAGUUAUCUUAUUUGUCAAUGAAAUUAAAGUUUACUCACUCCUGCUGUCUCUGAGGUCUCCAUGCAGUGAUCAAAUCAAACACUCUCUCUCUCAAACACACACCUGUUCCUGAACCUGCUUAUUACCUCAGCCCGACCAUCCCCCACUUCACCUACAUUUAGGUGUCUGAGCUUGGCCUGAUGGGAGAGACAUAAACAAUGCCAAAAAUAGAUAUAAAGAGUAUCUUAAGAUUGCCCUGAGAGUGAAUGUAAAGACUUGAGUUGCUCUUCAUGGACAGUUUUGGAUGCAGUGUGAUGUGUUUUCUCUCUCUAGGGGCGUUCCAGGCCUUCGAUCAGGAUGGAGAUGGUACGAUCAGACUCAGUGUCCUGGAGGUAAGAGACGGCAGUAACUUACCGUACUCGCUGAUUAAAGAGGAAUCCAUUUCCUGGUGUCUAAGGGUCUGAUCUCCUCUCUGUCUGUCUGUCUGUCUGCAGUGGCUCCAGUUGACCAUGUACGCCUAAAAGGUCCCAUCUUCUCCCAGGUGAGCUCCUCUCCAUGCGAGGACCAGACCUACCAGCCUUUACCUCAAAUAUUCAGUGUGCCCGAUCGUCGUUCGCUCUCAUCCACCUCACCUCCAGACUUCCUAAACUCCUCUGCUCUCUCCCCUCAGAAAUGUUCAACUUCUCCAUUUUUAUCUCCCCAAACUUUCCUUCUUUCCUUCUUUCUUCACUUGUUUUUCCUUUUAUCAGUCUUUAUUUUUUGGUCAUUGGCCGUUUUUUUUAUUUUGAACACACUUGUGCGGUCUCAGGCAUCAAACACACAGAACCUCUUUUUCUGUCACAAUACCUCACAGAGCUCUGUUUACCACCUCCUCCUCCUCCUUGUGUUUUUUCUUCUGUAAACUCCACUGGGCAGUCAGGGUGUUCUUCCUGUUUUCUUCUGGGCUCUCUGGUGGACCCUGAAUAAACUCGUAAACCACUCCUUAAACCUGUUUCGAUUCUGAGCGUAAAGCUAACCCUUUAUGUUGGGAUUUCCAGGGCCUCCUGAGUUGAUAUCACUCUGACCAGAGAUGUUUUUCUGUGAAUUGAACAAACCUGCAGGAAUUUUUGUUUUCCUCAACAACAGUCACACUUUGCUCCACCACUGGCGUCUGUGCUCCAGUCUUUCGGACAAACUCAGGCUCCUUUUGUGCACCUCAGCUACAGAAACCCUCCUCCUCCUCCUCCUCCUCCUCCUCUACAGUCCAGUCGACCAGCCUUUCAGCUCUCUGAUGGAUGAGAUUCAAGAACAAGACUGUGGAGCUGAUGAGUUUUUAUUUAGCAGACGUUGGUGGAUUUGAAAAAAGAAUAUGGCUUCCAGGUUGGACUGCAGCUUUUUGUGGUUUUUUUAUUCUUACUAAGGCUUUGGUCAAAUGAGUGUACUGCAUUUUUAAACAUUUUAACCAAAUAAAUAACUGUGUAGCUGUUGGUGUGACUGUUG